UAGCUUGAGCGAAGCUGCGACAGCCAGAUCGGUCGCGCGUUGCGACCUUUGGGGAUCGUGCCAACAUCUCGGCGUGACAAUAACAGCGCGAACGUAACUGCUGAGUCGCGAUCUCGUUCAAUGUCAGUGCAUUAGCACUCGAUCUCGAGUAGCAGAUAUUAUACUAUACAGCACAGAACAGCCAAGCGUCGCUGUGAGCGCGGAGACCUAGAAGACUAGUCUAUUAACAACAACGCCGUAUCGCGCGUGUUCGGCAGACGGAGAAGUGGCAGUUAGCACGUUCGUGAGAUACCUAACACGCGGUCUACAUGCUACGGCGAGCAUCCUAAUUAGAUCCCGACGUAAACCGUCCCAGGCUCGCCGAGGAAAAUUUAUUGCAGGUGCGCGAGUGUGAAGAAAGAAAAAUCAGAAAGGGGAGGAUCAAGCGAUCAAGCUCGGGGAAAGCUCUCGGCAUGAAGAUUCAGUCGGAGUUCUUUGCGCGAAAAGGUGAGAAAGUUACUCUCUCACUUAGUUCGCGGCGUCCCGUCGUGAUCAUUCGAGUCUAGUUCUCGCGUUCGUGUUCUGUGACGACUAGAAGGUGUGAUUGCGAGGACUAUCGGAGAAACGCGCGAGUUCUGACGCGGCAAGCAUGAAGGGGAUAACAACGCUGUUCGCGAUAUUACUAUUGUCCAGCUUCGGGCAUGGCGAAAAGUGGUGGCAGUCGAUGUCCCUUUACCAGAUUUACCCUAGAAGCUUCAAGGAUAGCGACGGAGACGGCGUGGGAGAUGUCAAUGGUAUCGAGAGUAAGCUACCGCACCUGGUCGCGUCGGGCGUCGAAGCCUUCUGGCUCUCUCCUAUCUACCCAAGCCCGAUGGUUGAUUUCGGCUAUGACAUCUCCGACUUCACCGACGUCGACCCUAUAUACGGCACCAUGGCUGACUUCGAGGCGCUCACGAAGACCGCGCACGAGCACUCCCUCAAAGUCAUUAUGGAUUUCGUGCCUAACCAUUCGUCCGACCAGCACGAGUGGUUCCAGAAAAGCUUGCGCGGCAUCGAACCCUACACGGAUUAUUACGUGUGGCAUAAAGGCAAGGUGCUAGCCAACGGAACGGUCACGGUACCGAAUAAUUGGGUGAGCGUGUUCGGCGGACCGGCUUGGACCUGGCACGAGGCGAGACAAGCGUAUUAUUUUCAUCAGUUCGCACCGCAGCAACCCGACCUCAACUUCAACAACGAGGAGGUGGUGACCGCGAUGCAGGACGUCGUGAGAUUCUGGCUCGACAAGGGGGUGGACGGCUUUCGAGUGGACGCGGUGCCGCAUUUGUGCGAGCACCCGGACUUCCCGGACGAGCCGCUCACGGGCAACCCAAACCCCAACGAUUAUGGCUACACGGAGAAAAUCUACACCAAGGAUCAGCCGCGCACCUACGAGAUGGUGCGAGGCUGGCGCGCGGUGCUGGAUGAAUACUCGGGCGACAGGGUCAUGAUGAUCGAGGCGUACGCGAACAUGACGAUGACGAUGAAGUAUUACCAGUACGGCGCGCACUUCCCCUUCAACUUCGGCUUGGUCACCGACACGAAUCGGGACUCGACCGCAACCGACUUCAAAACACUGAUCGAUAGGUGGAUGCAGAAUAUGCCCGCGGGCGCAACCGCUAACUGGGUGGCCGGCAAUCACGAUAAGUCCAGAUUAGUGAGCCGUUACGGAGAGCAACGAGCACAAGCCGUGACUAUGAUGACCCUGCUGCUACCGGGCGUGGGUGUGACUUACAACGGCGAGGAGAUUGGCAUGGAGGAUACGUGGAUCUCAUGGGAAGACACCAAAGACCCGCAAGGUUGCAACGCUGGCAAAGAUCAUUACCAGACAGCUUCCCGGGAUCCUGUGAGGACACCGUUCCAAUGGGACGACACCACCUCGGCUGGAUUCUCCACGAACCCGAAAACGUGGCUGCCAGUCAACGAGAAUUAUAAGACCGUCAAUUUGGCCAUAGAAAAUGAACGCAACAACUCCCAAUACGCUCUAUACCAGGCGGUUUCUGCUCUACGAAAGUGGCCGGCAAUAAAACAAGGAAACUUGACUACCAAAUUAUUGCAGGACGAUGUGUUUGGUUUCGCUAGGGAAGUGGCCGGAGAGAGGUCGAUUUAUGUAGUCAUAAACUUCGCGGAUCAGGAGCAAAAUGUUGACUUAUCGGCGCUCGUCGACUCAUCCAAGCGAUUGAAAGUUUAUUAUGCCACUACGAAUGCUCAUUCCCUCAUUGGGAACCCCGUGGACGACGUUCGCGCUUCGCAGAUCCCUGCAUCAGCGGCCGUGAUAUACGCCAGCGAGGAGUAAAGCUACGGGCGGCAAUCUACGGAAACGAGUAUCCGAAUGAGGCAUCAUGUUCACCACGUAAUUCCCAUAGUUCCCUCAAGACGAAGAGCGGCGAGCCGUUCCGGGAUUUUGCCUUACCGCUUUUGUAUCUGCGCGUUAUGCUGCAGUCAUUUUAUUUAUUAAUUUCCAGCGAGUGCGCGUAUCCGGUUAUAACCGGACCCGCAGUCUGCUAGUUGAGUCUCUUCGCGCUACUCUAGCAGAUCGGAGCGAAUCUAAUCUAAGUGGAGAUCUAAUCUAAACGAGGCUUAGAUUAAAUGAUACAUUAUAGCCACUAACAGAUUAUGUUACAUCAUUAAAAGGCAAUUUCGCACUCUCA